UGAAGAAUAAGGUCGAGAAUCAGGUGAAUCACCGCGAACGCGAGUCACGUUGAUUGUUGUCGCAAGCGUCGUACUCGGUCGUCGUCGAUAUUCAUAUUUCGAUUUAAAUAACGAUUUGGUACGUCACCACGAUUCGGCGUUGAAAAGAUCAACGGAUUCGGUAACACGAAAUGUCAGAAUUUGGCAGUGAGAUAUUGACGUGACAGCAACGUCCAGAAAAACCGCCAACCGACCUGGAAGUUUUUAUUGACCACGAUAAAAAUACCAUGCAUAUUAAAUUUCGCCGUACUUCAAGCCCACGGAAAAUCGUGACGUUUUUGUUGACAAUUUACUAGUUCUAUACGGUUGAAGCUUCAAUUGUAUGUUGUGCGCGGAUUAACCAUGUUUGAACCUACGGAACAAGGGAAGGAUAUUUCCAUCCACAGUGGAGUGGUACUGAGAGGAUCGAAUACAAGGGAAGAAGAUGUGCACAGUACAGGAAUCCUCAGCAUUGUUGAAUAUAGUUUUGGAAAAUGCAUCGAAUGGAAGCCUGUCGAAGUUUCAGUGGUUUCAGAGAGUCAGGAUCAAGACCCAGAGUGGUCGUUGGUGAAUACGCACACAACGCGUGCACGAACAAUAUCAGAAGGCCCAGAUUCAUUGGGACGAUCCAGAACCGUGAGAAUAUUACUGUCCGAUCUCAAAUCAUUUCGGAUAAGUCGAUGUGGACAGCAGCUGACCCUCAUGCUGAGGGAUGGAACUACUUAUGUUGUAUUCUUCCAACUAUCUAACGCAGACUCCUUCACUAGCUCGCUGAAGACAUACUUAAAGUUCAUUGUGUCACGUAAAGACCGAAACAUGUAUAUUGUCAUGGAAGUGGAAGAUUCUGUUCUCGAGAGAUCGUUUGCCGAGCUAGAUUUAUUUCAAGAAAAUGCCUCAGAUUACGUGUGGAAGUUUGUCAAGAAUUUACACGAUAGACCAUAUGAAACUACAAUGGAAGCAUGUAGCAAGUUGACCGACAUAUUGCUUCAUAAAGAACCAACGCGGCGAGUAGAGGAAGCUGUUGCUGACCUGUUGAACCGUUCCCUGACUCUAGAUAUUCCUCAACCACCAGUAUCAGUGGGUUCAGGAGAAGAGUAUGAAGUAAUUGGUGCACCUGGAGUUGGUUUUGUUCUACCACCAAGGCCACCAUGCCCAAGAGGUGGUCCGUUGACACAAGAACAAUGGGACAGAUGUAAAGAUUCAGAAGGAAGAAUUUCUAAUUCGGAGGCACUGAAAGAAAUGAUAUUUAGAGGGGGAAUUUCGCCAUCUCUCCGUUACGAAGUUUGGAAAUAUCUCUUAAACUAUUAUCCAUGGGAUGCGACAAAUGCUGAAAGAAUUGAACUCAGAAAAAGGAAAACAGAAGAAUAUUUUGCCAUGAAAUUGCAAUGGAGAUCCAUGACUCCGGGACAAGAAAAUCGAUUUGCUGACUAUCGAGAUCGCAAAAGUUUAAUCGAGAAAGAUGUAAACAGAACAGACAGAACACAUCCCUAUUAUUAUGGAGACAACAAUGCCCAUUUAGGUCAGCUGUACGAUAUACUUAUGACCUAUGUAAUGUACAAUUUUGAUCUGGGUUAUGUACAAGGAAUGAGUGACUUGCUCAGUCCAAUUCUAUGCCUAAUGGAUAGCGAGGUAGAUGCCUUUUGGUGCUUUGUGGGAUUCAUGAAUAAAGUGAGUACGAACUUUGAGAUGGAUCAAGAGGGGAUGAAAUUACAGCUUAGCCAGUUGCAUUCUCUGGUAGUCAUUACGGAUUCUCAAUUAGCUCAAUAUUUAGACAAGCACGAGUCUGGAAACAUGUUCUUCUGUUUUCGAUGGCUUUUAGUGCUGUUUAAGAGAGAAUUCAACGCGAACGACAUUCUCGUACUUUGGGAAAUAUUAUGGACUGAUUUGCCAUGUAAAAAUUUUCUGCUACUUGUUUGUGUGGCAAUUUUAGACACAGAGAAAAAUAUACUGAUGGAAAAUCGUUACGGGUUCACCGAAAUUCUUAAGCAUAUAAACGAUUUGUCGCUGCGCAUCGAGCUUCCAUGGACUUUGUCAAAAGCGGAAGGGAUUUACCAUCAAUUAAUGUCGGUCGCUGAUCAUUUGCCGGAUCAUAUUCGUAUCAUAAUAGGACUUGAACCUCAGCAUAAACCGGAGAUCAGUGAUUCUGAAGAUGAAGUUGCGACAACCGAAUCACAGACCAACGGCAAUGGAGGUCGUCCAAGCGUCAGUAGUGACAGUGGGAAUAUUAGAUUUGGAAAUAAUGAAGUAUCUUUCGAGCGAGGGAUAAAUUUGUCAUACAUGUGAGGCCAAGAUGUGUCCUUUGUGAUGAUUUUUUAACAAAUAUCGUUUGUCAUCCAAGGAGAGGCACCCUUUCUUGGUAACUACUACACAGUAGUAGCAAAGAAAUAGAGAAGUUCUAAGCGUUGUUCUAAGUCUGUUGCAUAUGAGCCAUGCAUUGCAUGCGUCUUUAACUGAGCUUUAUUGUUUCAUUUCUCCGGUGGAUGAUGAAUCCAUAUGUGAUUAAGGAGCAAAUUGGAAAUUUAUGGAACAUUCAUUUUUUUUGUUAAUUAUUAAAUAGUUGUGGAAUCCUAGGUAUAGUUCGGAAAAGAAUUCUCCGUCGUCAAUUUUGAUCGCUCUCAGAAUUUUUUGUUCAACACAUGGUAAAGCUGUGGCGGCUGCGAAGUAAAGAAACAUUCAUCUCUGCCUUAAAACAAAUUCUGUAUUGAUUGAUGAUCACGCGUUGAUUAUUGAUAUUUUUGCGACGUAACUGAAAAAUGUAAAAUUUCAGUCAAUAUAUUAAUAGCAAUUACCUGAUCACGUGUCUUUCACGAAUUGUUCAGUGUGGUUGUGUAUGAAUCACGAACAUUUCCCAAACUUCGAUAUUGGCUGUGUAAUUUUAGCUCUGUCUAAUCCUCGGUAGGCACCUCCAAUUCGCUAUUCAUAUUAGUGAUACUAGUGACUAGACGAAAAAAAUGAAAGCCAGCUGACUGCUCGAUGUAACUUAUUUUUCAUACUCAUUGUCAAUGAUAUUGCGGUGCUAUGGCACUUGUGAACAUAGCUCCUUGUUAUAUCCUGAAAACGAACCCUAUUUCUAACUUUUCAAGUUUUUCAGUGAUACACAGAACGUAAUCUACUAUAUUUUCAUGAACACAUUGAGAGCAGCUAUUUCAAUGCACACAUUAGUAGUUUUAAUUUACGGGGUUGAUACGUAAACUAGUAAUCUACGAUGGAAAUUUGAGCUACCUAUUAUUGAUAAUAAAGAAUCAAUUCAAAAAUCACAACAUUCGACAACCGUUAUGGUUGAUCACUCCUAUUCGACUUUCCUCGGCUAGUACACUUUCAAAAAUGUCUAACGUGUAUCAUACGUUUCUGCGUUCGGAAAAUAUGAAUGUUUGAGGUAUAAUUUAUCGAAACAACAAUUUGGUUUACCUGUCAAACAUCAGGUGACUACAGUGGCAGUUAUAUAUGAAUAAUAAUAGCCUCCAGGUAACUGUUAUUGUAUUACUAAUAUCGUAAUGAUAAUAAUAAUACGUUUAGCAGAUACAUAACAUGAAUUCCUAGGUUUUUAUUUAGAUUUGUAUAAAAUAUAUGAUACUGUACAAUAACGAUGAUUACUACGGAGCUGUAUAUUUCUAAUAAAAAACUAAUAAUGAAUAA